AUGUCCAUCCCCAAAUCGCAAAUAUCUGCGCUGAAAUUCACGAGCACAACCGCAUCAUCUGUAGGUGACAUCAGUGCUGUCUCUCGACGUUUACUGGGUGAAACCGUUGCCAAACCUCGCGGGUUUUCAUUUACGACAAGGUUCGCAUCGCGGAGAAGAGGCUUUCAUACAAGGUCUUCGCGUCUGCGUGCACAGCACCUUAUCCACGAGAGCGCACCUCAUACCCCCCUUGGAUCUUCUUUCGCAGGCACCGGCCUAGUCCUUGGCAUCGUCACCAUCGGCGCAUUCUCCUUCUACCACCGACAGCAUCUCUACUCCAGCAUGUCGUCCAAGCUCAUCCCGCAGAACCCAUCCGAUGUGAUGGUCAUUCGGGAGAUCUCGCCGAAUGUAACGACCCUAUCCGUCCCUUUCUCUCGCUUCGGCACGAUCAAGAUUGGCGGCCGAGCCACCAUCGGUUACCCCCCUACAGUGCGGCUCUCAUCAGGCGAGCUGGCCGUCUUCUCGCCGGUCGCUUUGACCCCCGAGGUGCGGGAGAAGCUACCGCAACUGGGCUCAACUGUGCGCUACAUCAUCGCGCCGGACAUGGAGCACCAUAUCUUCAUCAGCGAGUGGGUCAAGGCCUUCCCAGAGGCGCGCAUCAUCGGCCCCACCGGUCUGCCGGAGAAGCGCGCCAAGCAGGACGACGAGAAGGUGGGCAAGGAGGAGUUCUUCAAGGUUUUCGAGGCGUCCAAGAAGCGGGAGACUACGAUCGCCCCAGACUUUGAUGCCGACUUUGAGUACGAGUUCGUCGACGCCCAUCCCAACAAGGAGCUCGUCUUCUUCUACAAGCCCGAGAAGAUCCUCAUCCAGGCCGAUCUCAUGUUCAAUCUGCCGGCCACCGAGCAAUACUCCAAGGUGCCCGAGGCUGAGCGACAGAAGUCCGGCUUUGCGGACAGGCUGUUCCAGAGCCUCCAGAACACCGAAGGGGAGGCCAAGGGCACCAAGAGGAUGCUGUGGUAUCUCAUGAGCCGCUCCGACAGGCCGGGCUUCAACGACAGCGUGCAGAGGAUCAACAAGUGGGACUUUGAGACCAUCAUCCCGUGCCACGGAGAGACCAUGAUUGGAAACGGUAAACAGCUCUUUGAGAAAAUCUUUGAGUGGCAUCUGCAGGGCCACAAGUGA